UUAUUGAUUAGAUUUGAAGUGCGUCGCCAUUUUGCCAAAGAUCUUAAUUCAGGGCUCUUCUUUAAUGGGCAUAUUAAAUUUAGUCAUGUAUUUUUAACUAAAUAUUUUUAGAAAACUAUUUAUUUCUUAAAAGCGAAGCAAAAUAAAGUUAAAAAAUGACAUCUACAUUUCGCACAAGUGACAUACUUCAACAAAUGGAUUUAGCCAUGCUAGGAACUCAUUUUGCCUCUGGUCCAAUACAAUUUGAUCCAGAUUUUGGUAUAGGAAAUGGUCAUUUCAUCAGUAAUGGUAUUCAUUUGCAAAAUGAUUCUGAUCAAGGUAACCAACUGAGUGGUUUGCCACCUUCAUGGCAGAGUAUUGCAGCACCUGGAUCAACUGUAGCUGAUUAUUUGUCACAUUUACCAGCUACAUUAACAUUACAUCAUUUUUUAAAAUAUUCUGGAGAACUCAAAGUUAAAGAAGAAGUAAAACCUAAGAAAAGAAAAAAGUCUGACAAACAGAUUACAAUCAGUAAGACUUCUCAAGCAGUGACUCAACAACUUAAACCAAAACCUGGGCAAAUACGGAUAACAUAUUGUUCGGAUGGGACUACUAUGUUUGGAUGUCCUGAAUGUCAAGCUGAAUACUUAGAUAAACAUUUACUUGAAGAACAUCUUUCAAGUCAUGCAACAGAACGUAGAUUUGUCUGUGACAUAUGUGGAGCAGGACUUAAACGUAAAGAUCACUUGACUAGACAUAGACAAAGUCAUAGUUCUGAGAGGCCAUAUGCAUGUACUGUAUGUGGUAAAGCCUUUAAACGAAAGGAACAGCUGACUCUUCACAAAGUUGUACAUACUGGUGAAAAGAGACAUGCUUGUACUGAAUGUGGUAGAGCAUUUUAUAGAAAGGAUCAUUUAAGAAAGCAUGCUAGAAGUCAUGCUGCAAGGAGAGAUAAAAGUGGACAGUCAUGUUAGUAGGUUUUAAUAUAAAAAAAAUUGACUCGCAUUUAUUGCUAGUUUUAUAUUGUUAUUAAUUAUACUUAUCAAAUUAAAAUUAAAUUAUUAAAGGUUGCUUUAAAUUGAAUAAAAUUAUACUUAAAUCUAAGUUAAAUUCUCUUGAACUUUUUCUUUACUUUAUAGAUGUGAAAUACAUAUAUUAUAAUAAAUAAUGAAGCAACUACAAAUUUUAGUAGUGUAUUCAUUUUACAUAGAAUACUUUAAUUAUAUUAAUGAUGGUUUUAUAUAUAAAUAUAUAUAUGAAAGUUUAUUAAAAUAUUUAUAACUUAUAAUUUACUUUGAAUUUAGAGCUUAUGUUUAUAUUUAAUGAAUAUUUGUGAAAUAAUAUAA